ACCAGAGUGGUCCGAGUUCAGUCAGUCAGGCAGUGAUCGUGGCCGCGCCAAGGGGUGUCUCUUCCGGGGGUUCCGCACAAAGUAGUAAAACGAGGAAGGAGAAAAAAAAACGGUUCCAGUCACACCAGCACCCACACAAGGCACGACCACCACCCAUCAUCACCCACAGGAUUGGAGCAUUUGGUAGGAUUUGGGGCAUAAAUUGGGCGGAAAAAAGUUUCGUGGGAAAAACCCGUAAAUCUGUGAAAAGAAAAAUCUGAUUUCCCGUAGGAAGAAAAGGAAUAAUAGAGUGAGUGCAUCCCACUCUUUCACAAGCGUUCCCCACAUACACCCACGUGAGAAUGAUUCGUCAGUGAGUGUGUGUGAAAAUCGUCCCAAAUAAUGGAUCUAUAAGCAGCGAAAAUCGAAAGAAAAUCGACCGAUUCUCGAUUCUGCAGCAGCACCUGCAAAGUAUGCAACUGUGAUAGCACACUGGGUGCUGGGGCAAGUGUAGUAGGAUUAGUGCGAUCAAUCAAAUUACAGUGGGUGAACGUGUGCAAAUUUAUCAAAGAAAAGCGAUAAUUUUCGACCCCGAAAUCGACCGAAAAUCGAGAACCCACAGCAGGACAUCAGCCGACCAUCGAGCGAACGAGUGAACAGAGCUCUCUUCUUACAUCAUAGGAUACGCGAAAGCACACGAAAUUAGCAAGCCCCAGUAGAUCAGCACGAUGAAGCGAACACGCCGCGGCCGUUACUGGCACAUGGGCAUCGUGUUCCUGAUCUACUCCAGCUUCCACGCGUACUCGGCCACGAUUGGCGGGAACGGCGGUGACGACCUUGGCGAUGACUCCGGCGAUCUGGCCUCGGACCUGCCCCCGAACGUAUCGCCCAAUCCGCUGCUGUACUCGACCACGGGCACCACGGACGGCAGCGAGGAGGAGGGCAGCUCGACACCGGAAACGGCCACCGCCAAGAUCCACCACGGUCAUCCGACGUGGCGACCACGCCGCGAGAACUGUACCCCGCCAGCGAUCGAGCAGUUCCCGCGGCCACUGAUGGGACCGUACAUAAGGAGGCAUGGUGGCCUCGUGCUGCACGUGCUCGUGGCCAUGUUCACCUUCCUCGGGUUGGCCAUCGUGUGCGACGACUACUUCGUGUCCAGUUUAGAUAGAAUCUGUGAAGAAUUGAAGCUCUCGCCGGAUGUGGCCGGUGCCACGUUCAUGGCUGCCGGCAGUUCUGCGCCCGAGCUGGCCACCGUCGUGAUCGGUGUGUUCUUCGCCAAGGACGACAUCGGCAUCAGCGGUGUGAUCGGUUCGGCUGUGUUCAACAUCAUGUUCGUCAUUUCCGUAUGCGCGCUCUGCUCCGGAACUGUUUCCCAACUAAACUGGUGGCCGCUGGUUCGGGAUUGUACCUUCUACUCCAUCUCGAUCCUGGUGAUGCUGAUCGUGAUCUUCAACGACGUCAUCUCCUGGAUCGAAUCGCUCGUCAUGCUUAUGUUCUACGUUCUGUACUGCGUCGCACUGCACUUCAACAGUCCGCUCGAAAAGUGGGCCCACACCUGGAAUCUUCCCAUCAAACUUCCAACCAAGGAGGAACAAUCGGCACUGGUCACGUACAAGAAUCUUCCAGACACCACGUACACCCAGGGACAGCAACCGGGCGCGGAACAACAGCAGCCACCACAACCUGUGGAACAACCUCCGGUAGAUCAAGGUUACGCCAACUACGCCGAUCCCAACUCUGGCUGGGAUCCCAACGCGGCCUGGGGAGAACAACAGGCGGCUCCCGCGGUCAACAACAGCUACGCCCAGCCCUCUUACAACCCCAACGACGCCUGGGGAACAGAGGGACAGCAGAACUACGGAUACGAGGACCAGUACGGCCAGGAUGCAGCGAAAUCCCAGCAAGUCGCUCAAGCUCCCCAACAACAGCUGCAGACGGCGGCCGUCACGACCGGAGCGGUUCAACCGGCCGGCGGCGACGACUACUACAAACCCAAGGAACCACGGCCACAGGACUCCAAGAACCCGCUGGAGAAGCCCGUGGACGGAGGCAUCUUUGCGCAGAUCUCGUGGGCCGUUGUCUACCCGAUCCACUACACCGCUCGGCUCACGAUGCCCGACUGUAAAACGGAGAAGUAUAAGAACUGGUAUCCCUUCACCUUUGUCGUGUCCAUGAUCUGGAUCUCAUUUUACUCCUACUUCAUGGUGUGGAUGAUAACGAUUAUUGGCUCGACCCUCGGCAUCCCUGAUACUGUCAUGGGACUAACGUUCGUAGCUGCCGGUGUAUCCGUCCCGGACGCUCUUAGCUCUAUUGCAGUGAUUAAGGAAGGUUACGGCGACAUGGCCGUUUCCAACGCCGUCGGUUCCAAUGUCUUCGACAUUCUCAUCUGUCUCGGUUUGCCGUGGUUCAUCCAGACGGCAAUCAUCAAACCGGGCUCGCAUGUUAAUGUCAUCAGCAAGGGCCUGACCUACUCCACCCUGUCGUUAUUGUCCACCGUGUUUUUCCUUCUGUUCGCGACCCACAUGAACGGCUGGAAGCUGGACAAACGUCUCGGUAUCAUCCUGAUGGUGUGGUACCUGCUCUUCAUUACCGUUGCCUCGCUGUACGAGCUCAACUUCUUCGGCCAGCUGAACCCACCCGAAUGUCCCAGCAUCUACUAAAUACCAGACCUCCGUUCAAGCGACCCCGUUCGGUUCCAGCUCUACACACGCCUCAUCAUACGUCAAUUUUAGUCUCCCCCUCUCUAAACUAUCCUUGGCACAACCACACCUGUCUACCCUUUUGUUUUCCGACACAAGCACAUCCAAUGCCAGUUCUUAGCGUUAAAACUGUUACGGAUAGCAUAACCCCAGAAGGAUUUACUAAUUAAGUCCCUAAGUUUUCCCGAUUCUGUUUUUCUAGGACAAUAAGAAGAAGAAGAUCAAAUUGAAUCAAUCAUCGUUACCCACGGUAGGUCCGUUAACCUAUUAACGUCAACCAACGGUUCUUUCCAUACGAUCUUACUUUAACCAUUAGUUAGUUUCUAUAUAUUUACAUUUUACCAUACAAAUCAAACUGAACUGAUUGCUUCCCUCGUUUAGUUAUACCGUAUAGUACGUUUAAAGUUAUGUUAUGUUUAAGUACCUCGUUUCAAGUAUAGUCACACACAAACAUACACAAACUCUCACACUUGUUGCUCGAAGUUCACUGAAUCUCACAAACACUUGUAGUGAAAAGUUUAGUAUAAAAUACUGUUACGUAGUUUUGUAGCUUUCGAAAAAAAUUAUUUUUCAUUCUUUGGUGCCAAUAACCGAUUGCUAUAAAAUCACUUGUCUGGCAGGUGGCAGAAUUAUAGCAAUCAGCCAUUAUGGCACCACGCGUAGCGUCUUCACUAAUACAAACACAACUCUACAAGCAAGCGCAGCAGCGGCUGUGCCCUACUAACACAAUCCCACACAUCAUUACACAAACAGUUGCGUUUGUUGUAAAGGCACAUUUUUGCGUUGAAUCUUUUUUUUAUGUUAUAAUCAAAGAUUAUUACUUCUGGUUAUUUUUUCACCAAAUUGCUCUCUAUGACCUGUAAAUACACCGCGCGUAUAACUGAUCUAUGUAAAAGUAUGUAAAAUAUUAACCUUUCGAAUCUCCGCUAAACUUUUCCUCCUAUCUGUUGUAAUUGAGACUACUAAUAGCUCGAACCACUAUCAAAAAAAGAGUUUUACUCGGUAAUAUCGAGAGGUGAGAGCUUUGCUAGAACUGACAAUAUUGUUUCACUCGAAUAGAUUUCAUUUUAUCUAUGUAAGCUUAGCCAGUAACUAUAUAUUGUCAAACUUCAAUCUAUUAAGCCGAUAGAUCUUGACGACUUAGCUUCACCACCGUAAAUGUACUCUGUUAUGUUUGUUUGAACUUGUUUCAAGUUACAAGACAUGUUCUUUCUAUCUCAUUAGAUAUUAGCAAAAGUAAAGUUUCACCACAAGAAAAGCAAACAAAAAACAAUUUGCAAAACCCAAAACAGCGAAUAUUAAGUAAAACGGGCAGAUGAAUUUUACAUAAGGAAAUCAUAUAUACAUAGAUAUUAAUAUAUUUACCAAAUUGCGAUAAAAAAGACGGUAUCGAGAGAGUACAUUAAGUGAGUUAGUCCUAGCCCUAUAGAUCGUUAACAUUCCUCUCUGACGUAAGCUGAGAAAAUCAAAAAACUGAACUUAUUUACCUUACUUAAAGUUAUCCCUAAAUAAAACCCCAUCCACAACGUAUAUGAAUGUCAACAUUAUAUUUACAACCAAGUUAUUCUAACUAAACACAAUCGAUUGUUUCAUUUGUGCAUCCUAUUACUUCCGACCAAUGAAGCAACUUUUACGACUAGUCACGAAUCUAAGUUCAAUUAAGGCUUUAGCGAAUUCUUCCCAACUCGCGGACCACCUGGUUUUCCCCCCUCUCCAAGAAUUAUUCAACUUCCGCCGACAAACUCAAAUGGACUCGAAAAGGACUUCAUCGCAUGGCGCGUUUCAAACACGAAAUCGAUAAGCAAAAUAAAUCACCCCCCAAAGAGCAACGCAAAAAUGGAUAAUAACCCCCACAGCAACAGCAUUUGAUGGAUUGUUUGUAUGUUUUUGUCCCAUCAUCGAUUAAGAAAUUGUUAUUUAAAAAACGUGCAAGUCGGAAACACGUGACUAAGUUUAAAGUAUUGUAUUAAAUUUAAGACUGUAUAUAUAAAGCAGAAGCAGCAGAUUUAAAUUAAAGUAAAAUCAUUAGAUGAACGCAAAAAGGAGGAAUCAAGCGAUAUUUUAUAUACAGAUAUGAUAAUUGCACCGCCAAAUAGAAGAAUACAAAAAAAACAACACUCACAAUGAAUGGAAAUCUGUUAGAUGUCGCCACUCGAUCGCAGGCAAAACAAAUGCGCCUAACAGUAUGCAGAACAAAAAAAAACUCACAUGAAAUCCCCUGACAAUAGACGUUUACUGGGCACACCUACUGAAAAAUUUACUACAACAACAUGUUUUACCCUUGAACAAACUACACUCACACGUAGCGUAAAGAUAAAAAAUUCUUAGUUGAUGCUGAAUAAAGUUUUAACAAAAUCUAACAACAACAACAACAAAAACUUUAAAAUUGUAGCAACCGGAGCAGCACCAACCAGUCCUGACGCGAUUCCUCUAAGUAUUAUUACAAGUAAAAAUAAAUAUAUAGCUCUACAUAUAAAUAAUUGUCAAUUUGGAGUUUUCAAAAAACCCUGAAUUAAAAAAAGAAGAAAAACACAAAGAAAAUCAAAGGUACUAAGCCGAACCUGAGUAGCCAAACAGCGGAAGACGACGAAGCAGGAAAAUAACAACAAAAAUGAAAACAAAAAAUCAUUCGAUUGGGAGACGAAAACGUUAAAUGUUACUUUUCGUUUUAUGUAGUGUGUAAAACAAACAUCACGAAAAUAUAUCUAAUCUGUCACCGCGGUGUACUCAUUUGCGAAAAAAAAAAUAACAAUGCAAAAAAACACAACAGCAUAGAUAUUUGAUUGCACAACAGAACACAAACCGAAUCCGAGAGAAAACAAACCCAAACACAUGCGUGCACUACCCUCCUGGAUGGAAAUUAUUAUCAAACUUAUUGAACAAGAGAAUGCGAAAAAGUUUGCAAAGCUAAUGAACAACUGCGCUUCACUUAAGAUUGCUAAGAGUAUGUAACGAAACAAAACAAAAAAAAAUAUUCACAUUAACCUAUAUACAACACACCGAAAGAAGAAGGAAAACAUACACAGUCAAAAACCACACAAAUCCGCGCAUACCAAAAAAUAUCUCCACAUUCCACACAAAGAAAACCAAACGAACAUCACUAAACUUAAACACAAGUGAAAUGCUCAUACCAUGAGAUGUUAAUUGUUGAGAAGUUAAAUAAAACUGUAUUGAAAACCUACACCAAAA